GUUAUACUACUACUAUGUAUUGAGAAUAUCCCCUUAAUAGGAAAAAAACAAGGCUUUUUGACGAUAAUUGUCAAAAAAAUUAUACCUUUUUGCAAUUCUUUCUGAAAAAGCGAAGCUCAUUUUUUUGAAUUUUCCAAUAACUAACAGUGAACAAAUCGUGAUCAUUCUAUAUAUUAGCUAAUGAAUUUUUAAAAUGUACAUUUAGGUUUUGAAGAAUCGCGCAGUAUGCGCGAUUAACGGGUUGGCUAGUUAAUAUUAGUUUUGGGACUUAUUUUGACCAUUUUUAUUGAUCAAGUACGUACUUUUUUUUAACCCUUAAAGACCCAGGCUAAUCCUGAGAUGUUGUGUGAAAAUGCUUUCAAUUUCCUGAAUUAGAUCAUCACAAGCAUCACUUUAACCCACAGUUUGCUCCCCAGCCCCUUAAAGCCGUCUCGUAAAAGCCGUACCAAUUUAUUUAAUUUUCCUUGAAAACCGAGAAAGCAAAAACCCCAAUGAGGUCAAUCAUGGAAUUGAAUGAUAUAGUAUCAUUAUGUGUACUGAAUGAGUGAAAGCAUAUCCCCAAAGAACAUCCCACCCCUUUUUGGGGGGCAAAUUUUCAAAAAAGUUGGGAUAAAAAAAUUGGACCCAUGCUCCAUUUUUGGAUAAACAUAUUGAUGGUAGACCCUUCACAAAAUGAAAUCAUGAAAGGUGUGAAAAUGGUGGACCAGAGCGAUUUUUUGAAAAUUUUAUUCGCUUGUCUCGAUAAAAACCCGAAAAAACAGAGCAUGAAUACGCAAAGUACAUAAUAUGGGAAAUAUUAUCAAGUAGGCUUGAAAUGACAGAAACAAGAAUUGAAAGGAACACAGAUGCUUUUAACAGCACAUAAGUUCAGAUAAUCUACAAUCCACCCAUCAAAUCUGUUUAUCACUCCAUGGAUAUUCUUUCUCGAUAUUUGUCACCAAAUAGUUACAUCCUACAAAGGUUAGCAGUACAAUUGUUUUUCUGCAGAAAUAUCGAAAUAGGUUUAUCAACCACUUUGAAAAGCUUUACACAGUCAAAUUGCAGCACUCCCUGGCAUUUCAUAAUGUUCAAGCAUUCAUGAAGAAGUCACUAUCCCUUCCCGAUCAUAGAUAAUGUAGUUCUACAUCAUGAAAAUUGCACGAGCACAAGUCGUCGUUUACAAUCAUGAGAUUGUGUCUAGCUUAUGACUACAGGAUUGGCGAGUCCGCUACCAAAGUACGCGCUCUACAGGUCGUGGUUGCAGACUGUUGGUUAUGGGAUAUGAUAAAAUAAACAUUAUGAUAACAAUGGGUUAAUGAAUUAGAAAUCACUUCAAUUAUUAAUAUUUGCGGUUGUGUUGUAUUUAAUUUUACCUUUAACGCUGAAAAUGGACGAUCACAUUGGUUGUGCAACAUUAUCUGAAGAGAAAGCUGCAAAGAAGCGCAGUAAAUCGAAUGUACAAUGUUCUGUUUUUGGUUGUCAAGGCCGGUCCAAUGUUGGCUUAUAUAAAUUACCCGAUGCUGUGAAAGACCCUAUUCGUAGAAAUAAAUGGAUUAUUGCUUUGAGAAUGGGAAAAGUUAAGAAGUACGUGAACGUUUGUGGUAAACACUUCGUAGAGGAAGAUUUCAAGCCACAAUCAGACAGAGCCAAAGGCAAAAUCAAGCGUUUGAAAGAAACUGCGAUACCUUCUCGAAACUUACCUAAAUCAGCUGUGCAGAAAAGUCCAUCGAAUGCUAAGAAAGCUUCAAUUAAGAAUCGGAGUGUUCUAGCUAGUAAACGAUCGUUAUUACUUGAGAGCUUGUUUCAUAAACAUGUCCCCGAAGCACUCAGUAAUGAUUCUACAACGUCAAUUUCACCGAAUAAUAUUGCAUCUCAAGAAGAUGAUUCUGCUGCAGCCGCCAAUAGUGAUGCUGAUAAAUCAGACGAAAAUUUGGAAAAUACAGGCCGCUUGUUGAAGGAUGCGUCUCUGCAAGUGAAUACUCUCAUAGGCAACUAUGGAGUGAAAUUUAUUGAUAUCGUAAGUAAUGAUGAAGCAAUACUGACUUGCACCGGAAUACCAUCGUUUGAAAAAUUUGAACAAAUUUGUGCUGCUGUUGAACUGUUUUGUCAUGAUUUAAACUUGACUUAUGGCCAGCGAAGUUACAAAUUGUGUAUUCGUGAACGAGUAUUACUUACGCUAUAAUGAAGCUGAAAACAAAUAUUCGUAUGUCUGUUCUGAGAGUUUUUUUCAAUAUCACUAAAUCGUAUGCAAUGGAAGUUUUUAUGGCCACUAUCACCAUAUUGUAUGAAAUUUUGAAGGAUUAUAUUUCUUGGCCAGACAGAAACAAUAUCAGAGAAAAUUUACCUCUAGUUUUUCGUCAACAUUUCCCAAAUACUAGAGUGAUAU